AUGAACCAGGGAACCUCUCACAACGCUCCAAUCGCUGAGAUUGUGGGAUCACAUGCUUGCAUGCCGCAUACUCAAUCCAAGACUCAGAACACAUAUUUUGAUAAGAGCCGCAACCGUGAUCACGUCGUGUGGGCCGCUGCUAGAGAAUAA